AUGGCUUCCUACUACCCAUACGGCGCCAUGCCGGCGCAGCCCGGCCCCGUCUCCCACAACCACCACGGCGGUCGCAAUCGCAGGACCGCUCGCCUGUCCGUCUCGCAAAACUCUCAGCGUCAGUUUCGUGGCGUCCGUGGCUUCAAGGAGAUGAAUGAGUCGGCCGCCCUCUCUGCCUUCCGCACCAAGUUUGAGGCCGUCCGCUCCUUUGAUCUCGAGGACGACAUGGAAUUCUGCCCUGGUCUUCUGACCGAGACAGACGUGAGUAGCGAUCGCUCCUCUGGCGCGUCCUCCCCGGCCCUCUCUGACAAGUACCAGCUCGUCUCCAUCUCCUCCUCGGAGCGUUCUUCGCUUGCCAGCAACUCCCCAGAGUCCUCACCCACCCAGCAGCCGCAGUCCAUCACCCCCGGCUUCUCUCUCAACUCUGCCUCGCCUUCCUUCGUUCCCCCCUCUCUCCAGAACCAGCAGCCGACCUUUAAGCUGCACCAGCCUUCCGCCAGGGGUCGCAAUGCCAUCCCCAUCAUCAACCCCAUCACUGGCGUCACCAUGUCCAGCCCUCCCCCAUCCGCUCCCCCUUCCGUCUCCCCCAUGAGAAUGCCGCAGCAUCCCAUGCGCCGCUGGUAA